AUCUAUAAAUCGAUUAUUUAAAUAGUUCUGACCAAGCACGCAUUGUUUAUCUAAUAUAUUGGUAAUUCAUUUAAACUUCCAUGUUGAAAGACUUAUAUUUAGUGCUUCGAAGGACAGGCUAUUGGGAAUUUUCAAACACCUAUACGUUUAAAGGUAUUUAGGUUUCCUGGUUAAGAAGUGAAUCUAAAAGUAAACUCUGAGAGAAAGGAGGAUUUACAUGCAGGAUCUCGUAGAUUGUUUUCAUUAUGCAUAGGUCGCCUCAUUAUGCUGAUGAACCUCCGCCGUCCUAUGAUUCAUUGUACGGUAAAAUCAAGAAAGCAAAAGUAGAAUCGGACAGCAAUGUUGGGUUUUUCAAAACAGUGGUUGGACUCUUAUUUGCAUCAGUCGGCUGUACUAUUUGCCUAAUAAUCAUCUUGGCCAUUCCGGUAGCAAGUAUUGUUAUAGGUGCUUUGUAUCUGAACAAAUGUCCAAUCCAGCGCUACAUUCCUAUAUAUUUGAUCGUGUCGGGGGCGGUGGGGAUUGUGUACAAUGUGUUUGGGAUUCUAAGGAAGUUGGCCUCCAAGAGGAAUGAAGAAGGGGAGACCGAGGAGCGCCCGGGGGUGUUCACCAGCAUCUGUAACUGUGUCUUUGGAUGUUUUCUAUUAGCAUGGUUCAUUGCAGGUAACGUUUGGAUAUACAACAUUUACAACGAUUGGUCCUCAGACCCAGCAAAUCCAGACAAGUACUGCCACCCAACGUGUUAUUUGUUUGCUUUCUGGACCACCACUCUUGUAUAUAUUUUCAUAGGCGCCACCAUUGUGUUAGGUUGCUGCACCGCCUGCAUCGCUGCAUGUUGUUCUUGUAUUUUCAAAUCUAGUUCCUAAGCUCAAAAUUUUGUUGCAUUUAGUGUUAGGAUUAAUAGAUUGUAGUUUUGUAUGCUAUAAUGUAACUUUAUGCACAAGGCACGUGGAAAGUGGGAGCUAAAUGAUACAGAAAUAAUACCGGGUAUAUAAAUUCUGUAAACAUUUUAAAUGCAAUUAUAUUUUGUAAAUAUUGUUAAAAAUGUGUUAAAGUUAAAAAAAAUCAGUUCUUGUAUUAAAAGCUGAACACAGA